AUGUUAGGCUUGAUAGGAGCGGUGUCAAAGUGUGACGUGUCACGUGAAGACGCGCCGAAUCCGCCACGCGGAAUUCAGGAGCGGAAUCCCCAGUGUCGGUGCAACCUGGCCGCGGCCCCUGGCGGCGGAGUUACGUCGAUCAGCAGCCAGUGGCUUGCGAAUGCUUUCGUGGCGGAGAGAAAGAUGAAGAUCGAGCAAGCGGGGGACAGCACCACGUGGUCCGCUGAGACGAGGGCGACGUUGGAGGCGGACAUCCGCCACGCUUUCUUUGAAAGCAAGGCGAAGGCGGACACGCUGCUCGGCAAGGGAGUGGUUCGCCCCCUCUUCGACCCAGACAAACCACCAAGGUUAGAUUCCUAUUCUCCUCUAUGGGCGGAAGGCAGAACUUCGGAGGCGGACAAGGUGGCGGCCGCGUUAGGUUUGGCCGCGGCUUCGAAGGAGAUAGAGAAAAUCAAGGAGAUCAGGGAGCGGGACAAAAUAGAGGCAACAGAGUUCCACAACCACCGCUCGUUUUACGAGAACGCGGAGUUCGGAAUCCAGACGGUGGGCGAAAUGUUGGUUAACGGCUCAGUCGAGCUUUGCGCGCCAGGUCAGCGCAAACUGAAGGUAGUUAACCCCCUGGGAGUCGUCAACCUUCCCAAAGGACGCCUAGCGCUAGACGCCGGUUACGUAAACGCCUUCUCGAAGCCGCACCCGUUCAAAUACGAGACGCUCCGCGCCAUCCUAACCUUUCUGGCUGCCAACGGCUUCUUCUCAACCUGGGACUUCAAGGCGGGCUACUACCACGUGCUUAUCCAUCCCCGCUUUCGGACUUACUUCGGCUUCAAGAUUGGCAAGGCCUACUUCCAGUACAACGCCAUGUGCUUCGGGUGGUCCGAAGCCUGCUUCGCCUACACGCUCAUCACUCAGGAAGCAGCCAAAGAGCUCCGAGUCAGGGGUGUCCCCGUUUCGAGCUACCUGGACGACGGUCUAACCGCCAAUCAGAGCUUUGCUCUGUGCCUGUGGCUUAUCGUAGUGAUCGUCCGGUUCCUCACCCUUCUCGGGGCGGUCUUUAGCCUGUCCAAGUGCAAGUUCUGGCCGUCCCAAACGGGCGACUGGCUGGGAUUCGUGGUCGACACUCAAGCGGAGCAGUUCAAAGUUUCGGAGGCCAAGUUAGCCAAAGUGAAGGCGGUCUUAACCGAGCUCGUCAACGCAACGGAGGUCAGCCCUCGCCUCCUUGCGAAGGUCGCGGGAAAGAUCAUCGCGAUGGGGCCCGCGGUUCUGCCGGCCUCCCUCUUUAGUCGGCCUCUGUUUCAGGCAAUGCAAGGACGCAUUUCCUGGGAUGCGGUUUUUCCUACGCCUGUGGCGGCCAAAACCACCGCCAAGCUCUUCCUGGAGCGAUCUUUGACGGAGGCGGAGGUCAGCCAAUCAAGUACGGCGCGCGAGAUGAUUGGCUUCCUUCGAAUCCUUCAGCAGGCCGUGCUCCACCACCGCCUUCUCCUCUCUGGGGCUGCAAUUCUGUUGAUUGGCAACAAUCAAGGCGCGGUGGCGGCCGUCAACAGUAUGAGGAGCCCAGCGCCCGACGUCAACGCUGCUCUCCAGGAAAUCUUCGCGUUAUGUUCUGAAGAAGAUUUCGAUGUCCUGGCUCAGUGGAUACCCCGGCGGGCAGAGCUGGCUGUGGAGGACGCCCUUAGUCGAGUUCCAGACGCUUCGGACUGGGGACUUGCCCCGACUGCCUUGAGAGCCGCCUUCUCGCUCUUUGGCCAGCCAGAUGUAGACCUCUUUGCUUCUGACACGUGGCACGUAGCAGAGCGGUUCGUGACCCCGCGCUAUAUGCCGGGCUGCUGUGCAGUUGACGCCCUCCGAACGGACUGGCGGACUCUCGUGGAGCGAGGCGAGACGGCGUGGAUAUUCCCGCCGCUGAGAGCACUGCCUGGUGUAAUUCAGUCACUCCGUAACUUCAGGACGGAUGCGAUACUGGUAGUUCCAGAGGCGACCACCACUAAUUGGUGGCUGGAAUUAAUGCACUUAGGCAGCGGCGCGAUCAUGGCGGGUCCGCUCGAGAUCGAGCGGUCCACGGAUGCGUGCACCCCAAGCAGGCGGGUGCCUGCUGGAACCGUGAAUCCCGCAUUGUAUAAGCUCAGAGUAUUCAAAAUAAACUGGAAGUAA